UCUGCAGAGUCAUCUGUUCAACAUAAUAUUCUGAAGAAAAAACAUGGAAAAGAUAAAGAAGAGCAAAAUUUUAAAAUCUGUCAAAAAGCCAUUCAGCAAAAAGACUAAGAAAAGCAUGAAAGAAAAACAGGAUUAUGAUGUUGAGCCAGAUUUUCGAUUAUUUGAUCAAGCCAUGAAGGAGGCACAAAUGAGGCCAGAUUAUCAGCCAGAAAAACAGCGAAUAGACAUGGUCCUGAUCCAUGACAGAGAUGAUAUUAGUGAUGAGGCUUCCAGACAGAUUCGCAAGUGUUUUGAGGACAAACUCCGAAGGAGAUAUCGGUUUGUUAUCAAAAAAGAAACCAUUGGGAAACUGGAUUACAAACUUUUGCAUUGUCCAUUCAAGAGUCUCUGCGAAAUUGCUCAGUUUGUUAAUCUAGAAAUGCCACUGAAUGAGCCUCCAGAUGAGAACCCUGAAGUCAAAGGCUGUUGUACGUGGUUGGAAAAUUUUAUCAACGAGUACUUCUUUGAUGAUGAAACAGAGGAUGACUACACAGGCCUUUUUGACAUGGACAGAAUCACUAUGUAUAAAAAUUAUAACAACCCAACCAAAUUCUUCCGUCCUGCCACACGCUCAUUCCUCGUCCACAAAAUUCUUAUUAAUUUGGACAUUUCAAAGGACUUGAAAGACUACCAUGUUUUCGAUUCCCUGGAAGACAGUCAAGACAAUUGCUGUUCUUGUGGUAGAGCUAAAACCCUGAGGGAGUUAAGUGAUGCUGAUAACACUGAUCAGGAACUUCAGAAAAUCAAUCUUCCAUUUUUGAUAAUGAAGAAAGUUUACAAGGAGUCAGUAGUGCUUCAUGAAGCAUCAGAAGUCGGGAAAAAUAACGAUGAGGAUUCAGCUGAUGAGGGGGAUCCAGACCCCCAAGAAGCGGAGAAAUUAGCAGAUGAUCCUCGCGCUCUGCUUAAUAGGUCCUGGACAAAACUGUUCAAGUUUCAACCUUUAUGGAGGAUUAGGAACUAUUUUGGGGAGAAGAUUGCCUUGUACUUUGCAUGGUGUGGACACUUGAUUACCUCCCUUUGGCUCCCAAUGUUGUUUGGACUUGCCAUUUUUAUCUAUGGACUAGUCAAAAGCAUCAACAGAAGACUGCAAUAUGAAAACACCAAUCCCAAUGGCAAUGUUACUGGAUUACUGGAUACCAUCAAGCAGUCAUUUGAUAAUGAGGUCACUCCAUAUUUUGCCAUGGUCAUCUGUAUUUGGGGCACUAUAUUUUUGGAAUUUUGGAAGCGAAAGGAGAAGAGAUUGGCAUUUUUGUGGGAUGUUACAGAAUAUGAAGUUAAUGAGCCUGAUCGACCUGAAUUUUAUGGAACCACAACAGAGACAAACCCUGUGGAUGGUUUUAAGAUCCUAAAAUAUCCAGUGAAAUACCAGUUUAUGAAGUACAUUACCUCAGGUGUCACAUUGUUGUUUAUGGUGUUGGUUGUCAUGGCAAGUGUGAUGGGUGUCAUCAUUUAUCGUGUACUUGUUACUGUGGACUAUUGUCCGGGUGUCAGUGCUGAGGAAUGUCUAUUGAGUACCACAGUUGUCUCCUCCUUACUCAAUGCACUUUCUAUUUUUGUACUUGGAAAGUUUUAUGACUUUUUGGCUGUGAAGUUAACAGACUGGGAAAACCACAGAACACAGACAAAAUAUGAUGAUUCCUUAAUCAUGAAACUGUUUGCCUUCCAAUUUGUAAAUAACUAUUCCUCCUGCUUUUACAUUGCUUUCUUCAGAGGGCGCUUUGAUGCUGAUGGACUUGUGGGACUUGGACCACAGUUCCAGGACCAGUGUGAGGGGACCUGUAUGUCUCAGUUAUCCUUCCAAGUCCUUACAUUAAUGGUUACAAAACCACUGCCCAAGUUAUGCACAGAUGCCAUUCUACCUGCUCUAAAGAAGUGGUGGAGAAAGAGACCCUCCUGGUGCUGCCGAUGCUUUGGUGGGGAGGAGCCACAGAAAAGCAAGCGAGAGGAGACAUUCCUAGAGAAACAUGUUAAAAAGGAGAAUCUGGGGGACUUUACGCUGGGGGAAUACACAGAAAAAAUCAUCAUAUUUGGCUUCCUUAUGUUAUUUGCUGCCUCUUUCCCAUUGGCUCCUUUGAUGGCCCUCAUUACCGGAGCUUUAGACAUCAGGAUAGAUGCAUGGAGAUUACUGUGGAUUUAUAAACGACCCAUAGCCUACAUGGCUCAAGACAUAGGUACUUGGUACACAAUCCUGAGUUUUAUGAACUUUUGUGGUGUGGUCUCUAAUGGUUUCCUUGUGGCAUUCACUUCUACUUGGGGGAAUUCCUUCUCCACGACAGGACAACUCUGGAUUGUUAUUGGGUUUGAGCACAUCGCUUUGGUUAUCAUGUUUGUAUUUGCGUAUAUUGUACCUGAUACUCCAGCAGACAUCGAAUUAAAGAAGAGAAAGAAAAGGUAUAAAAUGGAAGAGGCUCUUGACAAUUUGCAAAGAUCACUAGAGGAAGAAAAUCAUAGAGAUGUUGUGUAUGCAGAUCAGGACUGGGGAGAUGUACCAAAACAAGAACCACACAGACGUGUCACUUAUAGGUCUCCCCCCUCUGCUACUACAGCUACAGACAUCAUCAUAGAGAGACCACGGGAGGUCACGUAUUAUGAAUACCAGGAUGGAGGCUCUGACAACAGGGCAUAUGACAGGGAUUAUGAAUCAAGGGAAUAUAUUGUGACCACCCCUGUGAAGAAAUUGAAGAAAAGAAAGAAGAAGAGAACCAGGAGAAAUUCAGUGGAGGACAUAUCAGGAGAUAGAGAAUAUGUGGAAUCUGGACAUAGAGAUCCCGGGGAUUACAAUGAGAACAUACCUGUUGGCAGCUCAGCAAGAGUGGUCAUUAGGGACAGGUCAGAUAUAGAUGUAUAAAUGAAGAAAAUGCAGCAAAGAAAUUCUGGACUUUCAACUGUCCAAUUUUUCAUGAAUGAUAAAUUCAAUCUACAUGUAGUUUCUAAUAAGGAUUUUUACGCAUUGUAUAAUUUAUUUUUUUCAUUUCAUUACUGUUCUGUUACAUAUA